AUGGAUAGUUUUUCUGACACAGACAUACCAAUAUUUCAAUUGAAUGAAAUUGGUUUCCGGGUUUACAGUAAUGAAGAAAUUAAAGCACUGAGUGUGAAGGAGAUAUCAUACCCUAUAUCAUUUAAUAAUUUAGCUCAUCCUAAUGUCAAUGGAUUAUAUGACCCUAGCCUUGGACCAUAUGAUAAAUCAGAAGUAUGUUCUACAUGUGGUCAGAAUAGUUUCCAUUGUCCUGGACAUUUGGGUCAUAUACAACUAGCAUUACCAGUGUAUCAUCCUCUAUUCUUUAAACAACUUUAUUCUUUGUUGAAAGGAACCUGUUUUGAGUGUCAUCGUUUAACAGUAAAUGUAGUUGACGCCUGUCUAUUUUUUAAUCAAGUAGAGUUGUUAGAUAGAGGCUAUGUGACAUCUUUUUUACAAUUAUCUGAAAUGGUAUUCUGUAUGGUGAAAGAUAGAGAUUUAAAUGACAUGUCAGUACUAAUUGAAAUUCAGGAAUUUAUUUCUGCCUUUACCAAGAAAACCUUUCAAAAUGAUGUCAAAGAAAAACAGCCAGGAUUAAGCCAUAUAGAAUCAUGUUAUAGAUUGUUAGUGAAUGAUUUUAUUAAAAAUAUGGUUUAUAUGAAAGCUUGUCCACAUUGUAAGAAGAAAAAACAAAAUAUACGACAAGAAAAUAAUAGUAAAAUAGUUCUUACAUCUAAAUACACCAAAAAAAUUGCACAAGAGAAAGAAAAUGAAAAGACUAAGAUUAAAAAAAAAUUAAAACCAAUGGAAGAUGACAGUAGUACAGAAGGAAUGGAUCUUUUAGAUAUGGAAGAUCCUAAAACUAUAGAAGAGACAAAAGACUCUGAGAAAAGCCAAACUGAAAAUAUUUCUAAAUUUUUUGAAAGCGGUAGUGAACAGACACUGUUGACUGCUUCAUCAGUGAAGGAACAUUUACGUGUUGUGUGGAAGACUGAUGAACUAGUGUUAAGGAAUAUCUUUAAAUCUUUAGAUUUCUGUGGUACCCAGUCUUAUCCAACUGAUGUUUUCUUUUUAGAUGUUGUACCUGUACCACCCUGUAGAUUUAGACCAUUAGCAUUUCGAGCUGGUGGUUUUAGUGAACAUCAUCAAUCUGUCAGUUUAAAUCGUAUUAUAAUGGAUAAUGUGAUAUUAAAAUAUAUACUUCAAUCUAAUGAUAAAACACAGAAAAUAGACAAUGCUACCGUAGAUAUUGAAGAAUUUGCUCAGAAAGCAUUAAAUGGUAUAAAAGGCAACACAAUAUCUGAGAAACUCCAUUUUUGUUGGCAGACAUUACAGAUGCAUGUUAAUAGUAUGAUAGAUAGUGAUACAGAUAAAUAUACAAGAUCAGAUAGUAAAAUGCCAGGUAUCAAACAGCUACUAGAGAAGAAAUCUGGUUUAUUUAGAAUGCACAUGAUGGGUAAACGUGUCAAUUAUGCCUGUCGUUCAGUAAUCUCCCCUGAUCCUUGUUUAAAUACCAAUGAGGUUGGUGUACCAUUGGUAUUUGCUACUAAGUUAUCAUAUCCUCAGCCAGUUACUAUGUGGAAUGUUCAAGAAUUAAGACAAGCUGUUAUAAAUGGACCUUUAGUACAUCCAGGAGCAUUAUUUGUGGAGAAUGAAGAUGGAUUUCUAACCAAGUUAAGUCCUAAAGAUAAACUACAGAGAGAGGCUUUAGCUAAACAACUAUUAACACCAAGCUCAACAACUACAUCUUUAUUAGGCUGUAAAAAGGUUUAUCGUCAUUUAAAGAAUGGUGAUGUAAUGUUAUUAAAUAGACAACCUACAUUACAUAAACCCAGUAUACAAGCUCAUCGGGCACGUGUAUUACCAGGACAGAAGACAUUAAGAAUGCAUUAUGCUAAUUGUAAAGCCUACAAUGCUGAUUUUGAUGGAGAUGAAAUGAAUGCACAUUUUCCACAGAAUGAAAUGGGCAGAUCUGAAGCUUAUUCAUUGGCCAGUACAGAUUUUCAAUAUUUAGCACCUAAAGAUGGAGCUCCAUUGGCUGGGUUAAUUCAAGAUCAUAUGGUAUCAGGAGUAGCUCUUACAAUUAGAGGCCGCUUCUUUAAUAAGGGUGAUUACUUCAACUUGGUAUAUUCAGCUUUAUCCAAUAAAUAUAGUCGAGUUAAAACAUUACCACCAUCAAUAAUUAAACCAUAUCAACUGUGGUCUGGUAAACAGGUAUUAUCUACUGUAUUAUUAAAUGUAAUACCAGAUGAUAAACCACCAUUAAGUAUCAAUGGAACAUCUAAAAUUGGAGAAAAGAAUUGGGAUAAUAUCAAGAGAGAUAUAGAUGAUAAGUUAAUAGAUCUUGGUGAAUCUACAGUCACUAUUCGACAUGGUGAACUAUUACAAGGUGUUCUAGAUAAAGGACACUAUGGUAAUACACCUUUUGGUUUGGUUCAUUGUUGUUUUGAGAUGUAUGGUGGUAAUGUGGCAGGUUUGUUACUAUCAUGUUUAGGUAGACUAUUCAAUGCUUAUCUCAAAUUACGUGGUUUUACACUAGGUGUGGCAGAUAUUCUAGUUACAAAUAAAGCUAAUAAAAAGAGGAGUAAAAUAAUACGUAAAUAUCCUAAAGUUGGUAAAGAAGCUAUAAAGAAAGCUCUAGGUCUAGAGAAGUCCGCUUGUGAACAGGAGAUGGUUAGUGGGUGGAAAUCAGCACUAUAUAAUACUAUAGAUGAUAGAGGACUUAGAGAAAUUGAUGCUGGUAUGAAAAAUAAAACUGAUGAUGUUCAGAACAAAAUAUCAGGUGUAUGUAUGCCAGGUGGAUUAGAAAAGAAAUUUCCAGACAAUAAUUUACAAUUAAUGGUUUUAUCUGGUGCCAAAGGUUCUAUGGUGAAUUGUAUGCAGAUAUCAUGUUUAUUAGGACAAAUUGAAUUAGAAGGUAGACGACCACCACAGAUGAUAAAUGGCAGUACCUUACCAUCAUUCUUACCCUAUGAUACUUCCCCUAAAGCUGGUGGUUUUGUCUCAGGAAGAUUUUUAACUGGUAUCAGACCACAGGAAUACUUUUUUCACUGUAUGGCUGGUAGAGAGGGUUUAGUUGAUACAGCUGUUAAAACUAGUCGUAGUGGUUAUCUACAGAGAUGUCUUAUUAAACAUCUAGAAGGUGUGAUAGUUAACUAUGAUCUUAGUGUUAGAGAUAGUGAUGGUAGUAUAGUACAGUUCUAUUAUGGUGAUGAUGGUUUAGAUGUUCAACACACACCAUUUUUACAACCAAAACAAUUCCCUUUCCUAGUACAAAAUAAACACACAGACAGUACCAACACAAUACCUACAGAUAAAUCAAAACAUAAAAAAGUUAAAAAGACUAAAAAAAGGAUUAAGAAAUGGAAGAAAUCUAAUAGUGAGAGUGAAGUUUGUAAACAAUAUAAAUCAGGAUUUCUACAAUUCUGUUGUGAUAAUUGUAGUGAAUUAACUAUAGACAGUGGUGGAAAUAAAACUCAAAAUGGACGCUCAAAGUCAGCCAUCUUGCUUUGCAAAAAAUGGAGAGAACUCAAUGAAGAGGAGAAAUAUAAGUAUGAGAAGAAUACUGUAGCCUGUCCAGACCCUGUAUUCACUCAUACAUGGCCACAUGAAGAUACUGGUGUGAGAUCAGAGAAAUUAGAUUAUAUUAUAGAUAAAUAUUAUAAAGAAAACUUUAAUACAAUGUUGAAUGAUCUCGGUUUACUAGAAAAGUUUAAUAAGAAUGAUUUUGAAUGUUUAAUCAGUGAUAAAUUACAACAAGCUUUAGUACAACCUGGUGAAGCUGUAGGCUUAUUAUGUGCACAGUCAAUUGGUGAACCAUCCACUCAGAUGACCUUGAAUACCUUUCAUUUCGCUGGUCGUGGUGAGAUGAAUAUGACAUUGGGUAUACCUAGGUUACGUGAAAUCUUAAUGACAGCUAGUGAGAAUAUAAAAACACCGGCCAUGGACAUACCAGUCCAUAAUACAGAUACAGCACGAUCUAAUGCUAAAGAUUUACAGAAGAAAUUAUCAAAAGUUAGAUUAUCUGAGGUGAUGAAAGAUAUACAAAUAAAAGAAGAACUUUCAAUUGAGGGAUUAACCACAUUUAAUCGUUACAGAAAAUACAAGAUACAUUUUGAGUUUUUAUCACCAGAAUGUUAUAGAGAUAAGAUGUCAGUUAAACCACAUACAAUAUUAUUUUAUAUAGAACAAACUUAUAUUAAUCAACUAGUAGAUGUUAUUAGAAAACAGAUGGGAUUAUCAAGGAAAUCAAAACUAGUAGAUACUGGUAAUGUUAGAGUACAAGAAGAGUUGAGAGGAGGUGAUGGUGGUAAGGAUGAUAAUGAUAAUGAUGAUGAUGAUCUGUCAUCUGAUGAUGAUGAUGAUGGUGAUGCUACUGCUAUGAAACAGAAAGAAAGGAAGAGAGAUACCCAAGAAUAUGUGGGAGAAGAAAAUGAAAAAGAAGAAGCUGGUAUAAGCGAUGAAGAUAAUGAUGAAGAUAAUGAUGAUAAUGUCAAUAUGAAAGAUGGCAAAAUCAUUUCUGAUGAUGAUAAGAGUGAUAAUGAAAAUACAAGCAGAAAGAAAACAUCUGAUGUACAAAAACAGUCAGCCAAUGCCAGAAUUCAGCAUGUGUUAGCAUCAAACCCAGCUAUAGUAGAUUAUAAAUAUGAUACUAAAAAACAGUUGUGGUGUGAAUUUGUUCUACAGUUUAGUUUAAGUGAUUUAAGAUUAGAUAUAGCAUCAGUAGUACAAGAUCAUGUAAAGAAGUCUGUUCUACACUCUGUACGUGGUAUCAAUCAGACUUAUCUUAGUGAAGAGAAAGAACAAGGAGAAACAAUCUUACAUUUAAAAACUGAGGGUAUUAAUUUUCAGGAGGUGUAUAAGUAUGCUGAUAUAUUAGAUCUCAAUAAAUUAUACAGUAAUAAUUUUAAACUCUUCUCACAGACAUAUGGUAUAGAGGCUUCAGCUAGAAUUAUACAACAGGAAUUAAAGAAUGUAUUUGGUGCUUAUGGUAUUUACGUGGAUCACAGACAUCUCUCAUUACUCUCAGACUUUAUGACAUUUGAAGGCAAUAUAAGACCAUUCAAUAGAAUAGGCAUCAAAAACAAUUCCUCACCAUUGUUAAAAAUGACGUAUGAAACAACCAUGGCGUUUAUGGUAGAUUCUAGUAUACACAGUAAUGUAGACAGAUUAAAAACACCUUCAUCACGUAUUAUUGCUGGUCAACUAGUUUCUUGUGGUACUGGUAGCUUUGAUGUUCUUCAGCCUUUAAAAUAA